GAUAAAGUUGAAAAAAAAUUAAAUAGUUAAUACUCUGCAAUCAAAAUGCCAGUUCAGUGUACAACAAAUUGUGGAAAAAAUGCUAUUCUCAAAAGACCCAAGACUGGACAUGCUUUAUGUAAAGAAUGUUUUUUCUUGGCUUUUGAAAAUGAAAUUCAUAACACUAUUGUAGAAGGUAAAUUAUUCAAACUUGGUGAUAAAGUUGCUAUUGGAGCAUCAGGUGGAAAAGAUUCUACAGUACUUGCAUAUGUGUUGAAAACUUUAAAUGAACGUUACAAAUAUGGAAUUGAACUGUUUCUUUUAUCCAUUGAUGAAGGAAUUACUGGGUAUAGGGAUGAUAGUUUGAAAACUGUUCAACAAAAUAAAGAUGAUUAUGGGUUACCAUUGAAAAUAUUAUCUUAUAAAGAAUUAUAUGGAUGGACAAUGGAUGAAAUUGUAGCAGAAAUUGGAAAAAAGAAUAAUUGUACAUUCUGUGGAGUUUUUCGAAGACAAGCAUUGGAUAGGGGUGCUGCUUUAUUGAAUGUAGAUUGUAUUGCAACAGGACAUAAUGCAGAUGACAUAGCAGAAACAGUAUUAAUGAAUAUCUUACGUGGUGACAUUGCAAGAUUACAAAGAUGUACUUCAAUUAUCACAGCAGGAGCUGAUUGCAUUAGACGAUGCAAACCAUUGAAAUAUGCUUAUGAAAAAGAGAUAGUAAUGUAUGCAUAUUUUAAACAUUUGGUGUAUUUUUCAACAGAAUGUGUAUUUGCACCAAAUGCAUACAGAGGACAUGCAAGAACAUUUCUUAAAGACCUAGAAAAAAUUAGACCUUCUGCUAUAUUGGAUAUAAUUCAUUCUGGAGAAACAUUACAAAUUAAAGAUACUGUUAAAAUGCCCGAACGACGAAAUUGUUCUCGUUGUGGAUUUAUUUCAAGCCAGGAAAUAUGUAAAGCUUGUAUCAUGUUGGAAGGUUUGAACAGAGGAUUACCGAAACUCGGUAUUGGAAAAUCUACUAAAGUGAAACGAAUAAUGGAUUCAAAUGUAAAUAAAGAUCAGGGAGGGAGUAAAGUUAAAAGUGAUGAUAAAAAUAGAUUAAAAAAUAUAGAUUUCUGACGUUUUUUUAUAUAUGUACUAUUAAAUUUUAAUAUAUGAUGCUGUGACGUUCAGUAUCGUACUUUUCAUUCUACUAAUAAUAAUCUGGAUGUUAGACGAUAUAUGCUGCAGCUUUUUGUGUAAUUGGUACCCUACAAACAGGGCAAUCAUUGAGAAUAUCAUCAGAACAAUCUUCGCAU